AUGGAGGUUUCGAAUAUUGAAACGCCCCAACAACAACAAGUAGAACACAAUGCAGAAAGAACAUUGCAUGCAAAACGUAUAUCUGGUACUGUACCAGAUACCUUCGAGGAACCAUCAACCACAGUUCCAAUCACUGAGAAAGGACACAAAUCCAAAAUAACUUCUCAAUCCAUAAUGAACAAAUCCUUGUUUAAUAGUUUCUUUCCAAUAAGAAUCUUGGAGAAAAUACCUCUCAUCAUUAAAUUGGCCCUCAUUAUUGCAUUUUGCUUGAUUCCUAUGGCAGUAUUUGGUGCCUUACUGAUUAAUUCUGCUGCGGUCAACUUGAACCAUGCGAAUGAGAUUAAAAAACUAUCAAGAGUGACAAUGCAUCUCUCAGAACUUGGUGAUUGUUUGCAAAAUGAAAGAGGAAUCACAUCUCUUUAUCUAGGUUCUCAUAAGAGGCAGUAUACAAUUGAAUUAGCUGAAGCAAGAAAUCGAACUGACAAUGCUAUCGAAAGGUUCUUCGCACUUUCGGUAAGCCCAAACGAUAUUUUGAUUAAUGAACAGUGGAAAAGGACGUGGUAUUUGUUUGAGGAUUAUUUGGGAAAGGUCAUUGGUUAUUCGAAAGGUGUUGGAGAGUGGAGAAUGAAAGUGGAGAAUGUUACGAACGAAACCUUUUUACCAACAAUCCAAUACAUCAACGAUUGGGAUUCUUUGAUCAAUGAUAUGAUUAGAGUUGUAACAAGUCAAAGUUUGGAUCCAACUUUUGCAAUAAUUCACAAUUCAUUCAACUUACUUUCCGCAGCUAGGGAAUAUCGAGGAAUUAGAAGAAUUUAUGGAACAUUUGGAUUUAUGAAUGGAAGUUUGUCUCAAGCUUCGAUUGAUUCAUUCAAAGAAGCAGUCAUUAAAGGAAUCUUGGUUCGACACUUAUUCUCUCUUCAGGCAUCCAAUGAAAUUUACACAGAAUUCCUUACAAAUAUUCUCAAUGAUACUCAGCAAAAUAUCUGUCAGAGUAUGGAAGAUUAUGUCUUGGAUAAUUAUCAAAAUUUAACAAAGUAUACACUUGAAGAAUGGUUUUUUAACAUGACUCUGUGCAUGAAUUCUUUUAGGGAUUGUGGAAGAUCGAAUGAGAUUGGUCUUAUUAGACUAUUCGAAUCAAAUUGGUUUGAAUGCUACCGAUUCAUUAAUUGCAUUUACCAUUGUUAUAGUAAUUGUGGUUCUUGUGGCAGCAUUGGUGGCGUUGCUAUUUUCGAAAACUAUUCUAGGACCUUGGAAGAAAAUGUUGCGUCUCCAAGAGGAUAUGGUUUACAAAUUCGUGCCACGAGAAUUCAUGUCCAUUAUCAAUAA